AUGCCAUUGUCAGACACAUCGGACGAAUCCAACAUGCGGUGGCAGUUUAUCGACACUUCGAAGAACAGUCGGAGCAACCUGACCCAGGUGAAGAAACAUGUGAUGCAGCAGUAUAUGCGGCAGAAGAAAGGUAGUGGUUCUCAGAAGAGUGAAGGCGAGGACGAAGCCCAGUCUGUACAGCGAUCCAAACGCGGACGACCGAAGAAAAAUCGCAUUGCGAGGCGCAAUAAAGUGAAAGACAGCAAUGACUUGGUGUCAGACGAAAAUGCCGGCGUUGACGUGGAGGAAAUGGAUCGUUCGGCCUCUUCGGAUGCCUCGUUAGCUGACAAUGCUGCCAUUGACUUGCCUUUUCAGGUGUCUCCAAUCGAAACGCAGGGCUCUAUCUUCUCAUAUCCGGAUAAUAUCAACCAUUCAGAGUCGAUAUGGUCAUCUCCGUCCGGGCGAUCCCCACGAACUAUUCUGAGCGCAGCACGGACCGACCCAUUCAACACCCUCCCCAUUGAGAUGGACCUUGAAAGCCAGAAAUUGUUUGAUUUUUACGUGAGCGAUAUGCCCGCCUGUUCGUACGGGUCUCAUUUCCGCUCCCCCAAAGCGCACAACUGGUACACGCGCGUGUUCGUGCCGGAAGCCAUGAAGGGCGCUGUUGCCUUCCAGAACACCGUCCUCGUGCACGCAGCCAACACCUGGGCCUGGGUGCGCAAUGAAACAGAAACCAAGAACACGCUGCUACAUCGAGACCGCGCCGUCAGCAUGCUGCGCGAGCACCUCCAAAACCACCCUCGGGACAUCUCAGACGUGGCUAUCAUCUCUUGCCUGAGCGCUGCGGCUCUCGAAGACUUUGACCCGCGCCCAGGACACAAGGAGACCAGUUGGACACACAUGCGUGCUGCGCGCGAGAUGAUCCGAGCCCGUGGGGGCCCAGCUGCUUUCGAGAAUACUCGACUGGGCAUGUUGAUCAAUUGGCAGGACUAUAUCCUGUCUGGGUAUGAAACACACGGACCUAGUUUCUUCUUCGAGCAUGAACGGCCCCUUUCGGUGACAGCUACUGCGCUGCAUACUGCAUUACCUCAACAUCUUCUUAAUCUCCACGAUUCAAUACCCUCACCACCAUACUCAACCUCCUCCGCUCUCUCAGACGCCAACCCGUCAUGCUCCGAACCUCCAUAUCAAUUGUCUGUAACCCCCAUCGACGAAAUCCGCCUCCAAUGCGAAGAAUUCCUCGACUUCCUUCGCCGCUGCGAACAACUAGCCCUCUACCAACAAGACAACCCGUCCUCCUGCUCUUCAACCCGCCGUACAGCAGUUCAAAAACCAUCAUGUCUCCACCAAAUCCUUGUCGCACCCCCAGGGACUCGAUUCACAGCAUCUGGAAACCGCAAACAAAUGGUCGCGCGCCUGACGGCACUAAUAAUGCUUAACGCCGCACUAUGGGACUACCGGUACACUCCCUCCCGCGGAGCAACUUUUCUGUGUACGCUCGAACAAUCCGUGAUAGACAGCGAAGUCAGCAUGAGCGGCUCCGUUGAGGCGCUCUUACAGAUCCUGUUAGAGUGCAACGAUGGCACGUCCGACUAUUUUGCAAAUGAGGACGUUCCGGAUUUCUCGCAGUAUGCACCAACUGCUACCUCUUGCGCUGCGCGUCCCUGGUGGGCGGGUCGGAUGCUCAAGGUUGCGAAGCGGUUAAGCGCAGACUCAUGGCAUCGUCUAGGUGAUUUUCUCUUUGCGUGCCUUUCGCUUAGUGUGAGAGGAUCCGUUGCUUUUCUGUGGGAGCCGGAUCUGAGGAGGGAGAUUCUGGAGGCGGCUUGGACGUCUUAUGUUAUGCCCUCGUUGAUCGAGUGA